ACUUUAUAUUUUAGUUGCGUGACGGUCUUCAUAGAUCGAGGAGCUUUGUUGAAUUAGAAACAAAAAACGAAUUAAAACUGAACUUAGAAUGCAGAGGAUUUUAAUAAAGUGAUAUAUUAAAUAAUUUUGAAAAAACAAAACAAACGAUGAAGUUAUUCUACAUCAUAUUGGUGGCUGUGCUCGUUUUCGGGCCUGUGCCGAAUCUGGCUGCUGUUUCGAAACGAGAAAGUGACAACAUCGGCGUGGAUGCUUAUGAUCAGUUUGAAGAUGACGACUUUGUGCCGGUUAGCCCAUGCAGCAUACAACGUGCUGGUGAUCCUGAUCUCACCAACUAUGAUAUCAUCUCCUCGUAUCGCUUCGACGAGGCGUAUCAUCAAUAUCAAGGCGUUCAACAAAUUGUCGGUUCGACUGGCUAUCAGACCGCAUAUCAUUUCGAAGAGUACUCCAACAUGACAAUCGAGUCGUCACAGGCUUUCCCUAAAGGUGUACCCGAUGCCUUCUCAUUUGAAUGCACAUUUCGUGUGCCAGAAUUUGAUCCACCAAAUGAGUGGUUCCUCUUCGAAAUCUCGAAUUAUAGAUACGAAUCACAGAUGAGCGUCAUUAUGAAUCCACUUUACAAUGCGCUGGAAUUUUCACUACCCAAAUAUGAUGGUUCUUUGCAGACGGUUACAUAUGAGGAGUUGGAAAUUUUUGACCAUUCAUGGCACAAAGUAAUGCUUGGUGUUACACAGGAUGCUGUACGUCUUUGGAUCGAUUGCAAACCUGUGCCAGAUCGUAGUGGCAGUUUGAAUACGCGAUUAGAUGUGCGCAGUCCGAUUGAUGCGACCGAAGGUGCUUUUACUGUCGCACGUGAUUGCAAAACUAAAAGCACAGUACCAAUUGACUUGCAAUGGAUGAUCUUCAGUUGUGAUGUUGACAAACCUAAUCGUGCCACAUGUGAAGACAUACUGCAAUAUGCGAAGGCGCCUAAGGGAGAUUCGGCUAAGGAGUCAUAUACCACGCCGCGUUCAACUGUGUUGCCGUCAUCGUCAACACCACAGCGUCCGGAUUUAACAUUUCUAACGACUACUACUUAUCGACCAACGCUUCUGUCAUCCACACCAGUUGCUUUGCAGGGACAGGAAUUGCAUGCCUGUCCUGAAGUGUGUCCAAGAGGGCCACCAGGACCUCCAGGUCCACAGGGACCACCGGGGCAAGUGGUUGGACCGGGACAGAUAACUCCAUAUGCCAAUCAGCUGGAUGGUCGCCCAAGUAAAGGUGAAAAAGGUGAACCUGGACUUCCCGGCAUACCUGGACAAGUCGGAGUACGGGGUUGGGAUGGUAUACCAGGUCCGAAAGGCGAACCAGGUUUAAUUGGGCGACCAGGUCCACCUGGCGUUGUAACGGCGGAUAUACAAAAUGUGACUGUUGGCCUUCCCGGAACUAAGGGAGCUCCUGGUUUACCCGGUUUAAAUGGCCAAAAAGGAGAGCGUGGUUUACCCGGAUUAGACGGUGGCAUGGGUGAACGUGGUGAGUCAGGACUUCAAGGCAUAAAAGGAGAAAGAGGUUUUCCCGGUGUUGCAGGGCCACCAGGACCCUCUGGUCCACCUGGACCGCCAGGUGUAUCUGGCACAAUAAAUAACGAAGUUAAAAAUAUAGAAGAACGCGAGAUACGAGAGAUUUGUUUGGCUGUUGUAAGAGAUUACAUAAGUGAAAUUUCAUCAACAUUAACUGGGCCACCUGGUCCACCCGGUCGACCUGGUAAAGGCCGCCCUGGAACGCCAGGACAUCCGGGCGCGCAAGGUGAACCUGGAGUACAAGGACCGCCCGGUGAACGGGGCUAUCCGGGCGUAAUAGGUUUGCAAGGACCACAAGGUGAGACUGGUCCACGCGGACCGGAGGGGCCGAAAGGUGAUAGCGGCGAAGAUGGAGUUGGUCAUCCCGGACCGAUUGGGUUACCGGGUCCACAAGGCCCUGAAGGUCGUUGUGAAGAUGGUUUACCUGGUAGGCCUGGUGAACCUGGUGCUGUUGGUGCACCUGGCGAACCCGGUGUACAUGGCCCUCCUGGACAGCCUGGAGUUUGCCCGGAUUGUAAUGCCUAUCAAGCAGCUUACGCGUAUCCAAUAAUGCUUGCACAACAACAACAAAAUAAUAAGGGACCUCCGAAUUAUUACAACAAAGGGCCGUCCAAUUAUUACAAUAAGGGCUAAAAUUACAAUUAUUGUGUGCAAUGUUGACAUUUUUUUGUUUAUGUGAAACAUUUCUUUAAAAAAGAGUAAUGUUUUCGUAUCUCGGAAAUUAUGGUAUUUUCAAUAAAGUUUUGUUUCUGAGAGGGUUAAAUA